AAUCCAAGAGUUAAUGCUUAUCAAACUCUUUUCCUUAUCUAUCAUCUCUGUGUUUACAUAUUCCUACAUAUACUUCUAUAUAAAAGGAGCAAACGAGAUUCAGAAUUAUCACUUUGUGUACUGUGAUGAACAUGAUUUUAACUUUUAUUUUUUGAGUUUUUCUGAUCGUUUCAUAAAUUGUACUUCUUGCUUUUUUUUUUAUUAACACCAUUCAUUCUAUAAAAAAAAUCUCAUCCAUAAAAGUCAGAAAGAUCGUGUCUCAGCAACAACUUUUCUGAUGUUCUCCCAGUGCCAGGCCCUUGGGGAAAGCUAAAAAAGCUCAGGCUUCCAGCCGAUUCCGUUAAAUAAAAGUUUCUGCCACAAAUUUUAUAAAUGUCCUUUAGUCUGGCAGAAGAAGAAGAAACUAGAAAGAACCUUGUGAUAGCCAAACCUUUCGCGUUGGAAGAUGAUAAAGAUUCCGAGCACGCAGCUUCCAAUGGCAUCCGUCGGAUUCUUAGCCUCUUCAAGAACGUCCGCCUUGGAUCUGAUCUCACCAAUUUUCAGCUGCCACCUCAGCUGAACCAACCAAGAUCACAGCUUCAAUGUUACGGGGAGAUGAUCUACAGCUUUUGCGGUCAGGAUCUCAUAGGAGAAUGCAGCCGUCGCGAUCUUCCCAUCGAACGGCUCAAAUCGGUCGUGGCGUGGAACAUCUCCACACUCCGUCCGAUAGUCUUUGGCAUGUCACCGUACAACCCCGUUCUUGGCGAGACUCACCACGUCUCCCACGGUCACAUCAACGUCCUCACCGAACAAGUAUCGCAUCAUCCUCCGGUGUCGGCACUUCAUGCGACUCACGAGAAUGAAAAUAUUGACGUGACAUGGUGUCAAUAUUUCACUCCUAAGUUCCGUGGUGCUUACGUAGACGUUGAGGUAAAGGGCAAAAGGACAAUGAAGCUUCUGAAUAGGAAAGAGACUUACGAGAUGGACCAACCAAGGCUUGUUGUGAGAUUCUUACCUGCUCCUGGAGCUCACUGGACCGGGAAAAUCAAGAUAAAGUGUCCAGAGACUGAUCUCGAAGCCGAACUACACUUGAUAUCUGAUUCAUUCAUCGAAAGAUUCAAAGGCAACAACAAUAGAUCAAUCAAAGGAAAGAUCUCUCAGACUUCCUCCGGAGAUAAGCUCUAUGACAUCUCUGGCCAUUGGGACAGAACAAUAUCGGCUAAAAACCUGAAGACCGGUGAGGUCGAAGUUAUAUACAAUGCUAAGGAGAGUAUCUCAGGACUCAGACCUCCAACUGUGAAGAACCUGAAAGAGGUAAUGGAGAGCGAGUCUGCGAUGGUGUGGAGUGAAGUAAGUGAGAAGAUACUGAAUAAAGACUGGGAACGAGCAAGAGAAGCGAAGAAAGCUGUGGAGGAGAAACAGAGAGAGUCUCUGAAGCGGAGAGAGGCUUCUGGUGAGUCUUGGGUUCCCAAGCAUUUCUCAGUGGUUAGAAACGGUAAAGACUGGGACUGCUCACCGCUUCAGCCAACGGUUCCCCGAGCUCCACUUGUCAUCACAGAAGCACAAGAAGAAAACAUGAACUGAUAUCAAGAUUAAAGACUUUAAGCUUACUACUAUGUCAUGUAACAUAUACUUAUUGAUAUAGACUGAACCAAAGUGAAAAUCGCAAAAUAAAAUUCUUUUUAAUCAAAA